UGAAGGAUUUAGUUGAUGUUCAGGUGCUUCUGUGAAGGGACGCGUGCGCGCUUUGUAUUGUCUUUUAAGAAACUCAGUAGCAAAAAAAAUUAAUAAUAAAAAAUUAAUAAUAAAAAAAAAAAUAAAAAUAAAAAAGUAAUAAUAAAAAAAAAAAAAUUAAAAAAAAUAAAAAUAAUAAAAAAGUGGAUAGGAAAUUGAGUUCAAUGUGAUUAUAAAAUGGCAUUAAAACAAAUUACAGGUUUAUUCAUUGGAAUUUAUAGUUUACUAUGGCAUUGCAAUUUGUGCGAUGCUUCGGCAUUUUUCCCAACUAAUUCUGCGUACGGUAUUUUUGCCGCCAUUGCAGUGCCCUUAGAGUUGCCGCAUCGCAACGUCUUCAUCUCGUACAAUUUCGAAGCGAACUACAAUUUACCCUACACGUACAAUAUACCGCCAAUCGCGACUGGCAUUGAUUACGAAGAUAUAUUUAGUCAAGGUGAGGCAUCACGUCAAAUGUCUCAGACAGAGGUUUGUGCCAAUUGCACCCAUUCGACCACAGCAACAACAACAAAGCCUGCAGCGAAUGCAACAAGUGAUGGAAGAGAAGGUGCGCAACGACGACGACGGCGAAAAAGUAUGGUGAAUUCAUUAUUAACGCGCACACAUUUCUAUCACAUACUCAAGGAUAAAUUUGAGAGAAGCGGCUACAGCGGCGAACACUGUCUGCUGCGUUUGAUUUGCGAGACGAAUUCCUCUGGUCUCGGUGAGGUUAACGGCGUUCUGGGCACAUUAGUGCAUAUAAUUUUUUCUCCAAGCACAUCGGCAAACGAAAAUCUGCCACGUUCUUACUAUCAAGCCGAGAUGGACGGCGCUCAUGGGAUGUGCGAACACUACGCGCCCGAAUGCGAAGAGAACCCAUUAGACCUGAUUUCAGCGCCGCUUGGUGAUAUUAUCGAUGAUUUAAUGGUUCAAUGUGAUUAUAAAAUGGCAUUAAAACAAAUUACAGGUUUAUUCAUAGGAAUUUAUAGUUUACUAUGGCAUUGCAAUUUGUGCGAUGCUUCGGCAUUUUUCCCAACUAAUUCUGCGUACGGUAUUUUUGCCGCCAUUGCAGUGCCCUUAGAGUUGCCGCAUCGCAACGUCUUCAUCUCGUACAAUUUCGAAGCGAACUACAAUUUACCCUACACGUACAAUAUACCGCCAAUCGCGACUGGCAUUGAUUACGAAGAUAUAUUUAGUCAAGGUGAGGCAUCACGUCAAAUGUCUCAGACAGAGGUUUGUGCCAAUUGCACCCAUUCGACCACAGCAACAACAACAAAGCCUGCAGCGAAUGCAACAAGUGAUGGAAGAGAAGGUGCGCAACGACGACGACGGCGAAAAAGUAUGGUGAAUUCAUUAUUAACGCGCACACAUUUCUAUCACAUACUCAAGGAUAAAUUUGAGAGAAGAGGCUACAGCGGCGAACCCUGUCUGUUGCGUUUGAUUUGCGAGACGAAUUCCUCUGGUCUCGCUGAGGUUAACGGCGUUCUGGGCACAUUAGUGCAUAUAAUUUUUUCCCCAAGCACAUCUGCAAACGAAAAUCUUCCACUUUCUUACUAUCAAGCCGAGAUGGACGGCGCUCAUGGGAUGUGCGAACACUACGCGACCGAAUGCGAAGAGAACCCAUUAGACCUGAUUUCAGCGCCGCUUGGUGAUAUUAUCGAUGAUUUAAUGGGCGGUUAAUAGAGUGAAGAUUGUAAAGAAUUGAAUAUAU